AUUUUUACAGUUAUGUUCUGUCAACCUACACCGCUGUAAAAUUUCCAAGCAGUGCUCCAAUUCCAGAUUGGAAUGAGCACAAUGAGAUAAGAUGCGUAUGAAUGAUGAAUGUUCAGAUGAUAAUACAGUAUUAGUUCGAUGAAAUCAAUCAAUUCGCAUUUUUUUUUAUCAUUCGAUUUAAUAAAUUCCCGUUGAAUCUGCAGAAUGACUCUGAAGAACUUUUUCAACUGUAGGAUUUUGAGAAAUCAUGAAAUUAUUGACGAGCAAUUGUGGGUGAGAAAUGGAAAGAUUAUCGAUCCCGAAAAGAUUUUUUUUGACGAAAAAUCCACGCCAGAUGUGAAAAUUGAUUGCGGUGGACUGAUAAUCGCACCUGGGUUCAUCGACAUACAAAUUAAUGGAGGCUACGGCGUUGACUUUUCACAUGACACGGAGAAUAUACAGGAAGCGGUAGCUCUGGUGGCCGGCAGGAUAAUCGAAAAUGGCGUCACUUCAUUCUGUCCAACGAUCGUUACAUCCCCAGUUCCAGUAUAUCGAUCGAUAUUGCCAAAAAUACAGAGGACAGCUGGUGGAUCCCACGGUGCGUCGAUUCUUGGAAUACACGUGGAAGGUCCCUUCAUCAGUCCGGAGAAAAAGGGGGCACAUCCACCGCACUGCAUAAGGGAAUAUAGCAAGGGUUUCGACACUGUUGAGCUCGCUUAUGGAUCUUUUGAAAACAUCAGCAUUGUUACUUUGGCACCGGAACUACUCAACAGUGAAGAAAUUAUAAGAAAAUUGGUGGAGAGGCAUAUCAUUGUAUCUCUAGGACACUCCGUGGCCGAUCUGAACCAAGGAGAGGAGGCUUGUCGGAACGGGGCCACACUGAUAACGCAUCUCUUCAACGCUAUGUUAGGCUUCCAUCAUCGUGAUCCGGGAUUGGUUGGCCUUUUGACUUCAGAGAAGAUACCAAAACCGAUUUUUUAUGGAUUGAUAUCGGAUGGGAUUCAUACGCAUCCAGCUGCUGUGAGGGUUGCCUAUAAAUCUCAUCCUGAUGGUGUGGUCUUGGUGACUGACGCUAUAGCUGCCCUUGGAUUAGCCGAUGGGCAGUACCAUCUGGGACAGUUGGAUGUUGAAGUUAGAGGUGAAAGAGCCAUGCUGUUAGGCACAGAUGUUUUGUGCGGUUCAACCAGUAAUCUUAAUCAGUGCGUGCAGAAAUUCCAUAAAUUCACAAAGUGUUCGAAAGCUUUUGCUCUGGAAGCCGCAAGUCUUCAUCCCGCUAAAGCACUAGGCAUUGAAAACCACAAGGGAACGUUGAAUUAUGGAGCAGAUGCAGAUUUUAUAUUUUUAAAUGACGAUUUGCAUGUUCAAUCAACUUGGAUUGCAGGGGAAAAAGUCUUUCCGAGUUUCAGCUGAAAAGUGCUUCUUAUUUUUAUAAUUAUAUAUACUUUUUUGAAUAUAUAUGUCAUAUACAUGUUUUAUUAUGCGAUUUUAUGAAAUAUAUUUUAUAUUUUUCAGUGA